ACUGAUCCCGAAGGAACAUGCGUGCAGCCCAGAACCCGCAGAGUCGGCGUCUCGACACUUCCAACUGGUGGUGUUCCUGCGGCACUCAGGGCGGAUGGAGAAUUGGACGAUGUCUAGACUUCGAUAUCCAUUCUGACUUGGCUCCUCUCUGUGGAAUGAGCGCCUCCACUGCGGCAAGGUUAGAGAAGUACAUAUGGUCUGCGGUUCCCAAUUGUUCGAUUCCUUUUCUCUCCUCAUCGCGCCAGUCGCUCAUUACUUGCACAUUCUUGCACAUUACAUUCAUUUGAAUUGUCCUUCUUUUGCUGCUCAUUCACUCGUUUGUCCAUCUUUGAUUUUAUCCUUCAACAAUCAACUCAUCUCGAUCGUCGUUCUCCCUCAUCAAAAUGAAGUACUCUCAGUUCAUCGCCAGUGCUGCUCUUGCCUCUGUGGCACACGGGCACGCAACCAUCUGGAACAUGUUCGUCAAUGAUGUUAACCAAGGCGUUGGAAACACUGAUGGUGGAUACAUUCGUUUCCCACCAUCCAACAGCCCAAUCAAGGACAUCACCUCGACUGAUAUGACUUGCAACGUUGCCAACAAGAAAGCUGCUAAGACAGUUGCUGUUGCAGCUGGUGACAAGCUCACCCUCGAGUGGCACCACGACACCAACACUGCUGCAGACGACAUCAUUGCCGCUUCCCAUGUUGGCCCGGUCAUGGUGUACAUUGCACCAACAGCAUCCAACGGUGCAGGCGAUGUCUGGGUCAAGUUGGCGGAAGACGGUUACGAUGGUUCUAAAUGGGCCGUCCAGAAGUUGAUUGCCAACAAGGGAAAGCAUGAUGUUACUCUUCCAUCCACCUUGGCUGAUGGUGACUACCUUAUCCGUGGGGAGAUCAUUGCUCUUCACGAAGCCGACAAGGCAUUCAGUGCUGAUCCUGCUCGUGGUGCUCAAUUCUAUAUGGAGUGUAUCCAGAUCACCGUUUCUGGAGGCGGCGCAACGGUUCUCCCAGCCGGUGUAUCGAUCCCAGGUGCCUACUCGUACUCUGACCCAGGAGUUGUGUUCAGCGUCUAUGAGGCAUACACUUCCUACACCAUUCCCGGCCCAGCUGUUUGGGACGGCGCCAGCUCUGGAUCAGCUCCAGUUGCCUCUUCCGCCGCCCCAGUCGCUUCUAGCACAGCUGCUGGCAUCCCAGCCACGACUGUUGCUCCAGUUUCCAGCAGUCAAGCACCUGUCGCCACCGAUGUUGCAAGUGACCUCGAGCCUGUCACCGAGUUCCCAUCUUUAACCACCCCUGCUGCAACAGCAGCCCCAAUUGCGACCUCAGCACCAGCUGUUACAUCCGUCAAGAGCGCAUGCAAGAGCAAGUCUUCUGCCGUUGCCCCCGUUGCCACCUCCAGCAAGAGUGCAUGCAAGGCGAAGACUUCUACUGUGGCUCCAGGUCCCACAAAGUCCGCAUGCUCGGCUAAAAGCAUCGCCGCUGUUCCAACUACUUUGGCCACUGUUGCUAAGCCAGCUGCAUCCGGAGUUUCUGGAGCUGCAGUUGCAAAGUACGGACAAUGGUAAGCAGACCGAACAACCCCGAGGCAUCACGCUCAAUCUAACAUCUCUUAGUGGCGGAACCGGAUUCACUGGAUCGUCUACCUGUGCUGAGGGAAGCACUUGCACUGUGCAAAACCCAUACUACUCUCAGUGCAUCUAAACAUAACAUCAUGAACUCCUUUACGAAUAACUCGAUUUAAGCGACGACGUCAAAGGACGAAUGAAAAAAACACAAAACUAACAGCAGAAGCAAAACUAUCGGACACUUCGAUUCACUGUAUAUCUUCUUCCCUGCUGUGCAGGAUUUGCUUCCCGGAGACACUUUGAUCAAUGGGAGCCUUUGGGUAGAGAGUGGAGGCAGCUUUGCCUAUAUUCCUGUAUAUAUAUGCAAGCACAAAUGUGUUGAAUCAUGAGACUAUCAUGUCUAACUCUUAUCUUGAACUUCCCAAGCUGCCGUGAAUAACAGCGCCCAUGCGUAUCUUGAACGGGAAGCUGCAGAGACUUGAUUCUGUAAGGCCAAGUCCCAGCCGAAGCUUUCAAGGUGAUAAAACCCCUCCCUUUGUGGCUUGGAAUAAUCUUAUGCUCAUAGAGACUUGGGAAGCCUAAUAACAAAAUUGUUCAAUUGUGUAAAAUGAUAGUGUCGAAACAUCAGUAUGAUUCUCUUCAAUCUCGCCAUCAUGUUUGCAGGCAUAGAACACACGAGCAAAUCUGAUCUGAUCAGUGGCUACACCACCAAGACAUGAGGUAGAACUUUGCAACUAACGCCACAUUAUAAAAGACAAAACCUUAGCACUGAAAGUUUGCAGAUAAAGCUCGACUAUACAGACAAACAAUCUUGCCGGGCCUCGACUGGAGGAUGGCUAAUUCCGGACAGAAAUGGAAGCUCCUAAGGAUGAGGACGCUGCCAUGGAUAUUGAAAUGGUCAGCUCACGUCGGGAAGCCCAUUUUGUCGUGUAAACGCAGAAGUUGAAGUUGUUCAGUUCCGAAC